GGCCUCGCGUUGGGAAAGGGCAGCGGGGCAAGAUGGCGGCGCACUUGUCCUACGGCCGAGUGAACCUGAACGUGCUGCGCGAGGCGGUGCGUCGCGAACUGCGCGAAUUCUUGGACAAGUGCGCGGGAAGCAAGGCAAUAGUUUGGGAUGAGUACCUAACGGGACCCUUUGGCCUGAUUGCACAGUAUUCACUACUAAAGGAACAUGAAGUGGAAAAAAUGUUCACACUUAAAGGAAGUCGUUUGCCGGCAGCUGAUGUCAAGAAUAUUAUUUUUUUUGUCAGACCCAGGCUAGAACUGAUGGACAUAAUUGCUGAAAAUGUACUCAGUGAAGACAGACGUGGUCCAGCAAGAGAUUUCCACAUCUUGUUCGUGCCGCGCCGUAGCUUGCUGUGUGAACAGCGGUUAAAGGACCUGGGUGUAUUGGGAUCCUUUAUUCACAGGGAAGAGUACAGUUUAGAUCUCAUUCCAUUCGAUGGGGAUCUCUUGUCCAUGGAGUCAGAGGGCGCAUUCAAAGAGUGCUACCUGGAGGGCGACCAGACGAGCCUGUACCAUGCGGCCAAGGGGCUGAUGACUCUGCAAGCUCUGUAUGGAACGAUCCCCCAGAUCUUUGGGAAAGGGGAGUGUGCCCGGCAAGUGGCCAACAUGAUGAUCAGGAUGAAGAGAGAGUUCACAGGAAGCCAGAACUCAGUAUUUCCUGUUUUUGAUAAUCUCUUGCUGCUUGAUCGAAAUGUGGAUUUAUUAACACCUCUGGCUACUCAGCUCACAUAUGAAGGACUCAUUGAUGAAAUUUAUGGCAUUCAGAACAGUUAUGUGAAGUUACCCCCAGAGAAAUUCACGCCUAAGAAGCAGGGUGAUGGCGGGAAGGAGCUCCCCACAGAGGCCAAGAAGCUGCAGCUGAACUCAGCAGAGGAGCUCUAUGCGGAGAUCCGAGACAAGAACUUCAAUGCAGUGGGCUCCGUGCUCAGCAAGAAGGCCAAGAUCAUCUCUGCGGCCUUUGAGGAGCGGCACAAUGCCAAGACAGUGGGGGAGAUCAAGCAGUUCGUGUCCCAGCUGCCCCACAUGCAGGCUGCCCGCGGCUCACUCGCCAACCACACCUCUAUCGCGGAGUUGAUCAAAGACGUGACCACUUCUGAAGACUUCUUUGAUAAAUUAACAGUGGAACAGGAGUUCAUGUCUGGAGUAGACACUGAUAAGGUCAACAAUUACAUUGAGGAUUGUAUUGCGCAAAAGCACCCACUGAUCAAAGUGUUAAGGCUGGUUUGCCUCCAGUCUGUGUGCAACAGCGGACUCAAGCAGAAAGUUCUGGAUUAUUACAAAAGAGAAAUUCUCCAGACCUACGGCUACGAGCACAUCCUGACCUUGCACAACCUGGAGAAGGCCGGCCUGCUGAAGCCACAGACGGGGGGCAGGAACAGUUACCCGACGAUCCGGAAGACGCUGCGCCUCUGGAUGGAUGACGUCAAUGAGCAGAACCCCACAGACAUCUCUUACGUGUACAGUGGCUACGCGCCACUCAGCGUGCGGCUGGCCCAGCUGCUGUCCCGGCCUGGCUGGCGGAGCAUCGAGGAAGUCCUUCGCAUCCUCCCCGGACCCCACUUUGAAGAGCGCCAGCCACUGCCCACAGGGCUGCAGAAGAAACGGCAACCAGGAGAAAACCGAGUCACUCUGAUAUUUUUCCUCGGGGGCGUAACGUUCGCUGAAAUUGCUGCCCUGCGCUUUCUGUCCCAGCUGGAAGAUGGAGGUACGGAGUAUGUCAUUGCCACCACUAAGCUAAUGAACGGAACCAGCUGGAUGGAGGCGCUAAUGGAAAAACCUUUCUAGAGUGUUCCUAGCCAUGGCACGUGCGCUGCCCGAUGAACUGCCGUUUUGAAGAAGUUGCUAAAAGGAAGGGAAACCCCAUAGAAGAAAGGGGAAUAUGAAAGUCAUCACUUUGGGGUCUGUCUCCUAUACUACUGUUUCUUCUUUUUUGUGUUCUUAAUUACAUGGAGAAAGAAGAGGAUCCGCCUGGGUAAAGACACACUGGUUUUAAAUUUUCUGAGCUCAGGAUCAUGAGAGGCCUCCAGGCGUACAGCAGGGAUCAUGGAGAUGGAGAAUCUUAACAGCCUCAGAAAUGAAUACAGUUCUUAAACUAGGAGAACAGAGACUGAGGAGGUCAGAACAAAAAUAAAAGUGGAACGUCAA